GGGAAAUGUAGUCCGACUGGCGGGGCGCGGCGACGAGUGCCCCCCGGCUCGUUUGGAAGCAAGGGAAUCUGAAUGUUUGUGGCUGCAGUGUCUGUCCCGGCCUCCUCUCCCUCUCUCAGCUCUGCCUUGUGUAGAAUCAGCAUAUUUCCAAGGAAGGACCCAUAGGAAAGAAGGCGAUGGCUGCUGCUCCCCUGCCCUCGGUGCUCAGAUUUCCUUGGACCUCACUUCCAGGUUAGCCUUACGUUCUGUCCUCUCAGCAUCUCGUGCAAGCCAUGAAGAGGGUGUGGAGCCAGUGCUGCGCUCACCUCUUCCCGGUCGUCCUGCCGCACCUGCAGGUCUGGGUUGUUGAAUGCUGUGUUAGAUACUGCUUUUGUUUCACAAAAACGUAAAGACAGGGAUGCUCCAGGUGCAGCAGGGAGCCUGCUAAUGUCGAAGCCGAGGGAUCACAGUCAUGAUGCAAGUCAGAUGAUGUUCAGCAAUGAAGGAAAUGAAAGUUAAGGCUGGGAGCUGAGACUUGAAACCAGUGAGUCAAUUUAUAAGCCCAACAAUAUUGAAGAUUUGCUGUAUGGGGUCAUAAUGGAAAGGGGGAAAGUCUGGCGUUCAACUUUAGACAAUACCUGGGAACCUGCUAGGUGGCUAGAAGGGCAACCGGAAAGAAAUCUGAGCCAAGUGGUGAAGGAGACCUUCAGUGAGAGGAGGGCAUGUGAAGGUAAUAAACCUGAAAAAUUUUUGAGUGAAGGCUCCAUGUUCGAUAUACCACAAAGUCAUUCUGUGGCAAAAAGGCUCCAGAGUUGGAAUGUACAUGAAAAAGAUGACAAACAAAAUUCUGAGUUAAUGAAAACUCAAAGGAUGUUUGUAGGAAGGAAAAUAUAUGAAUGUGACAAGUGCAGGAAAUCCUUCAGCCAGAGCUCAUCCCUCCUGAAGCAUCAGAGGAUUCAUACUGGGGAGAAACCCUAUAAGUGCAAUGUCUGUGGCAAGCCCUUCAUUGAGCGCUCUUCCCUCACUGUACAUCAAAGAAUUCAUACAGGGGAGAAACCCUACAAAUGUAAUGAGUGUGGAAAAGCCUUCAGUCAGAGCAUGAACCUUACAGUCCAUCAAAGAACUCACACUGGAGAGAAGCCUUAUCAGUGCAAAGAGUGUGGGAAAGCAUUCCGUAAGAACUCCUCCCUUACACAGCAUGAACGGAUUCAUACUGGGGAGAAGCCCUACAAAUGUGAUGAGUGUGGAAAGGCCUUCACACAGAGCAUGAACCUGACUGUGCACCAGAGAACACAUACAGGAGAAAAGCCCUACGAGUGUAAUGAGUGUGGGAAAGCCUUCAGUCAGAGCAUGCACCUGAUUGUUCAUCAGAGAAGUCACACUGGAGAGAAGCCCUAUGAAUGUAGUGAAUGUGGAAAGGCCUUUAGUAAGAGCUCAACUCUGACCCUACAUCAGCGAAAUCACACUGGAGAAAAACCCUACAAAUGUAAUAAAUGUGGUAAAUCCUUUAGCCAGAGCACAUACCUUAUAGAACACCAGAGACUUCACUCUGGAGUGAAACCUUUUGAAUGUAAUCAGUGUGGGAAAGCUUUCAGUAAGAAUUCCUCUCUCACUCAGCACCGCAGAAUCCAUACUGGAGAGAAACCUUAUGAGUGCACGAUAUGUGGAAAACAUUUCACUGGACGAUCAUCACUUACUGUGCACCAGGUUAUUCACACUGGAGAGAAGCCCUAUGAAUGCACUGAGUGUGGAAAGGCCUUCAGCCAGAGUGCCUACCUGAUUGAGCAUCAAAGAAUUCAUACUGGUGAAAAGCCCUAUGAAUGUGAUCAGUGUGGAAAAGCUUUCAUUAAGAACUCAUCUCUUAUAGUGCACCAGAGGACACAUACAGGGGAGAAACCCUAUCAAUGUAGUGAGUGUGGAAAAGCCUUCAGUCGGAGCACAAACCUUACAAGACAUCAGAGGACUCAUACAUGAGAGUUUUCAUUGGCCCUGUAUCCUGAUGAAUUCCUCAGUGACAAUCAGAUUGUGUUAAUAUAGAUAUUAAGAAAAGUUACUACUGUUGAAGUACAAUAUACCAUAUCAUAUAAGAGCAUAAUUGAGACAUCAUAUCAAAGUGGAGAACACUUGACUCUUAUGGCAAAACUUACUUGAUAUUGGGCUUGUGUAGCUAAUCUAUGAAUGGUGAAGAUUCAUGCUGAAGGUAGUUCUGUUAUGCCAUGCUGCAGAUUCUCCUUGGGGCAUCACAGGUCUCACACUGGAGGGCACACGUGACAGUGCUUAGCUGGACAACAGAAGACCUGGCAUGUAGUCUUGACCUCCCACUAGCUUGGACGGGUCACCCACUUUCAUCAGGUUACAGUAUCAUGAUCUGGUAAAUGAGAUUCUUGGAUCUAGAAGGCCUACAUGGUUCCUACUGGUUAAAAUGCCAGAAGCCAGGAGCAAGGGACAUCUUUGGUCUCUUACUGUUACACAUGUUGUCCAGGUGCUUCUGUUCCAGACUAUUUCCUUGUAUGUUUGAUUUAAAAUUCUCUACCUCUGUUAGUUCUUGUGAUCCUUCAUGUCUUCUCCCCUCCCUGAAUUACUUUCUCUACUGCAAUAUAGGCUGGCUCCUACCAGGUGACCAACUACACAAAUCCUAAUGCAACUGCAUGUGAUUUUGGAUUCUCAGUUAAGAGUCACUAAACUGUUGUUAAGCUGGUUAUUUAUAUGACAAUGUAACUUAAAUAUAGUCAAGUACUUGGGAAUCAA